CUUGCUGACUAUCUAGGACGAGUGGACAAGUUUCCCGUGGUGAGGUGCCACUUAAGCUGUCCCUACUUCACCGGUUGGACUGAAGUGGUACGAGGUCCUAUUAAGUUUGUUGGGGCCCUCAUCGGAAACGUGCCUGGGGUAAGGGAUCCCCAUGACCCUGACUCUUCUCAAUCUCCAUCUGAUUCUUCCAGAACAUCCUCACCUUCAAAGUUGCCGCGAGGGACUUCUACUCCUCGUGUUCCGACAUCCCCGGCACCCCCUGACCCCCGGAUCCCCGGACGCCAUUACCACUCGUGCUGGUAGGUUGAAGAGGCUUCAUCCGCUUGUCCUUCCGGAACCUCUACCUCCUUCAGUAACCCCUCAAGACUUCUCCCAGCUUCAAGCCUCCUGUGCCUCCUUAGCAGCAAUACGGCAGAAAGCCUCAUCAGGACACGUCGACAAAGCAAGGAACGGAUCCUCCUUCCAGUACCUGUAUCGCAACGGACAUCUCUACAGGAAGUGCCUCACCUCCCCGCUUUCCAAUAAGAACUACUUCCCCAAAUUGCCAUCGACCUCGUUGGACCCUUGUCUCCACCAGCUACGGAAGAACCUCUUGUCAGCCCCAUUCCCGUAGUGGAGGAGCCAUCACCUGACGCCAGCUCCACAGAACUUCCCAUCGAUGAACCACUUAUGGACGACCGGGACGUAUUCUCCACCCCGCCUGGCUGUACUUCAGCGAUUCAGCAGGACAUCGUCCGGGUGUUGAGAUAGGCCUUG